UCCAAAUCAUAACCAGGGCCAAUACUUCAAACCCAACUUCAAAGUCUAGCUGGUUACAACAACAACUGCUCUGUUGAUAGCCAUUUCCUUUUGUUUUCAAAUGCCCUUUUUAUACAUGAAGCCAGAAAGUCUUUGCCUUUUGUGUUUGUGUUUUAGUUUUGAACUAAUAAUUCAAGAUCAUAAUCUAUCUGUGUAAAAAUUUCAUCAAUUGGUAAUGGCAAGACCAAACAACAAGAACAUACAAGCCAAGCUGGUGGGUACUUCUUGGGGACAUGGGAACUGGAAAGACAAGUCUGGUUUUGAGAUUUGUCAAGGGCCAAUUUUUUGAUUUCCAGGAAUCGACAAUUGGAGCUGCCUUUUUCACUCAGGUUUUGUCGCUGAAUGAGGCCACUAUAAAGUUUGAUAUAUGGGACACAGCAGGGCAGGAGCGAUAUCAUAGCUUGGCUCCGAUGUACUACCGUGGUGCAGCUGCAGCUGUUGUGGUGUAUGAUAUCACAAGCACGGAUUCAUUUGAGAGAGCCAAAAGAUGGGUUCUAGAAUUGCAAAGACAAGGUAAUCCAAAUUUGAUUAUGUUCUUGGCGGCCAACAAAGUUGACUUGGGAGAUAAAAGAAAAGUUGCCAGUGAGGAAGGUGAGCAAUAUGCUAAAGAAAAUGGCUUGGUUUUUCUUGAAACUUCUGCAAAAACAGCACAAAAUGUCAAUGAGCUCUUUUAUGAAAUAGCUAAGAAAUUGGCAAAAGCUGCCCCUUCUCGUCCAACUGGAAUGAAAUUGCAAAACAGACAACCAGAACGCUCAAGAGGGAUGUUCUGCUGCUCCUAAUGAAUGAUGAUUCCCAUACUUGAUCUACUUGAAGGAUCUCCUGAACUCUUGGAGAGGAUAUCGCAAUUUACAGGAAUCAAAUGGGAUAUUUCAAGAGAAAAUUGUUCUGUGCAGAAGGCAAUUCUCGUGAAAAUUUGUUGUAUGUAUAUUUGUUACCUCUCAAAUACAAAUGCCUUGUGACAAUACUAAACAUUAACAUGCUCGAUUAUAUGCAAGAAAAGACUGUUUGAUCUUUAAA